AUGGCUGAAAUUGAAGUUAUGGCCGAAGUUAUGGCUAAGAUUCCCGAAGAGAAAAAAAAUACAGUCAAGACUGUGGACGAACAGAAAAAAAAGAUUAUGAAAGAGGAAAGAUUAUGGAAGAGCAUUAUUGAGAAAAAGUCAAAGAUUAUGGAAGAGGCAAAGAGAAUCGUUGAAGGGGAAAGUGGUACGUUGUCACAUAAUUCGGACGACGAGUGGUUUGAUGAUGAAGAUGAAGAUUUUGAUUUUACCAAUUCGCCAGGUUUUUUCGAAAAAGCAUGGACAGACGGGUUAAAAGAACGUGAUGACAUGCAGCGUGGUUAUUUAGAUAUAGCGCAAAAUAAAGAAAGUCAAAUGGACAAUAAAUAA